ACUUACCGUACUCCUUCCUCCCGUUAAAUAAAAGUUUCAACUUUGUAUCGACAGCAAACUUGAUUGACCGUAACUAAGAUUACCUACCUUUACACAUGCGCAUUGACACUUUCUUUUCACCACGCACAGGCAUAAUCUUGUAAUCUUUUUCUUCCAAUCAUAAAAGAUGCAGACGUUUGAUCCCGCAACAGGCGAGCAGCUGCCGUCAGAGGCCAUUCAGCGUGUGCUCUUCAUCGCGCCGGCCGUGCAUGUCUACAACAUUCCGCCUUUGGCCUCAAACAAGGGCUACAUGGCCGCAACCUGGACUGAGGAUCCCAAACGCCACAUUUUCACCGCCAGACUGCGUGCCAUUGAGACGGCCGUUCCCCAGGCGGGCGGCGAGGACAAGGUCAAGACGGACAUUGUGCUGGAGGACUCGUCCACGGGCCAAUUAUUUGCCGCCGCACCGUACACCUCGGCUGCCGUCGUGGAGCCCACGCUGGACAGCUCCAGGUUUUUUGCUGUUAGGGUGCAGGAUCCGGCGGGUAGGAAGGCUAUUCUGGGCGUCGGCUUCGAGGAGAGGAGCGAAUCUUUCGACUUUGGAGUGGCCUUGCAGGAAGCGAGAAAAGCAUUAGGACUGGACCAGGACGCGGCCGGCGGGCCUCACGGAAAGCCCGUCCCUGCCGAGACGAGGCCCGAGAUCAAGCGGGACUGGAGUUUAAAAGAAGGCGAGACCAUCACAGUCAAUCUCAAAGGCUCAAAAUUCGGAUCCAGGCCAAGAGAUGCCGAAACAAAAGACUCUGAAAACGCACCAUUAUCCUCGUUUUCACUGGCGCCACCUCCAUCUGCUCCAUCAUCAUCUUCUUCAAACUCAUUGAGCAGCGGCGGCGGUUUUUCUCUACCGCCGCCGCCUAGUGCUCCUCCUCGGUCACAUGCGAGGUCACCAAGCCAUAGCGAGCAGCAGAAAAGGGCUGCUGCGGAUCUAGGCUUUGACGAUGGGCAGAAUGGUGAAUUUGCCUAAUGCAGCGGCUGUACGGCCUGUAUAGAACCUGUCAAAAAUCUUGCUAGUUUAUUGUUUGUUUUCCUUGAUCUACAUUUAAGCCCAUGCCCGUCGAUGUGCUUCCUACUUUCACCCUUGUACUCGACAUAUGGGUUGUCCUUUUGCCAUCUUCCCUCGUUGUGUCCGGUAUUCUGCACAGCCAGCCACAGUCAGCUGCCUAUGGCCAGAUUGAUCUCAGCGAUGGCAUGCUCAUGCGUUUGUCUUGUGGCCAGGGCGCGUAGCCGAGGCUGAUCUGAUUCAGAGAAAUGCUGCAAUGGCUGACCGAAUUUCGACUGUCUGCGCCUCGGACAACACCAGCAUCCUUCUCUCUGGUCUUGGAAUAGCUGGCCUCUAUGCUUUCCAGACAAGGAACAGUGGACCAGUACAAACCACCAACGCCAGACACGUCGGUAGGCGAGAAGUGGUCAAUCAUUCUGACCUCGGCUGUUGUUUCGUCAAUUUGAGACUUAUUAUCCCAAGAGAAACUGUUGGAGAACAUAACGCCCGGGAUGAAAGGUGGGGAGAGUGGACUCAGCGCCGAAGGGCCGAGAAGCGAAGACUGGGGCAAGAUUGUCUGAAUCGGUGGAAGAACUUGUGUGGCCGGUUCUUGGUGACGCAUCUGCCAUUGAUGGUCCGAAGCUGAUGCCGGGAAGAACAUCAAGCUUGUCUGCGGAGCAAAAUGGCCUUGUACAUGCUCUUGCCCCUGAUUUUUUAUUCCAAAGUCAUUGAGGCGCAGUAGUGCAAGAUGCUCCUGUUUUUCUGCUUCGAGAAUUCUACCCUUCAGCAGGCUGGCCUCCUUUCUUAGCUUUCUGCGCUCAUUGCCAUUUGUGCUACCAUCAACUAUAGUGGUAUUAGAGCAAGGGGAGGCCUCCAUAUCACCGAGUUCGACGGCCACCCUAGCAAGUCGUUCCUCGAUGCGGCGAAAGUUGUCUCUGAGCCGCCUGACUCGCUGACUUUGGCGCUGCAUGCUGUCAAUCAGAUAGACGCGCUCAGUGUCCAUAAUUUGUGGUGCAGAACCAGCCAAGUCCGAGAAAGGUCCCUGAUGGUUGUUAUUGAACCCCAUGUAGGGCAUGCAGCUCGCAAUGAUGCCGGCGUGACCGAAACAUGGGUUUGGUGUAGUGUUGACCUGACGGGACCACGAAGUCUUGUGGUCUCCUAAGGAGGCUGGCAUCUUGAAUUUGGGCUAGUCUGCUGCAAGUAUAGAUAAAUAGGCUUUGUAAAUAUGAGUAGAGCAGAUAUAUAUGUCAAAUGGUAUAUGAUUGAAUACGAGCUGGGAGGACUAGGCUGUAUAGUAAUGUUCAGGCAGUGACGGAUACUACAGCUAUUAAUGUUACAAAAGGCGAUCGAAUUCGUA